GUCUACGUCGUUAGCAAUUUUUUUUUUAUUUAUAAACAUUGUUUUUUAUUUAUAUCAAUUCAUUUCUUUUUAAUAAAUUUUAAUUAAAAAUCUACUGAUAUUAAAAAUAACUUCUAAAAAUGGAAGAAGAUAAAAAUACUCUGCUGGCUAUGCUCCAGCUACUCAAAAAAUAUAAUUUAAAGGAAACCGAAGAACUGUUUCGCAAAGAGGCUAAUUUGACAAACGUUCCGGGUGAUGAGAAACCACAGACCGACACAGAAGUAAACAGUGUACUUGCGGCUUACAAAAGUGAAGGUGAUCCGGUGUUGUACGAAAAAGCUUAUGCGGAAUUAAAAAAAUUUGUUGAAAGCUAUUUAGAUGUUUAUAAGCAUGAAUUAGCGACAAUAUUAUACCCGGUACUCGUUCACAUGUACCUGGAAUUAGUUUACAAUAAUCAUUCGGAGCAAGCUAAACAAUUGUUGGAGAAAUAUGGUCCCAGUCUGGAUGAUCACCAUCAGACUGAUCUCAAGCGGCUUUCAAAUGUCACCAAGCGAGAACAAAUGGCUGGGAAUGAAUUUACUGAUACAUUCAAGUCGAAUCAGUUUAUCAUCAGAAUUUCGCGGGAUACUUUGUCGAUAUUAAAACGGCAUUUACAAGAGAAGAAACACAGCGUUCUGUUGAACAUUAUUCAAGAACAUUUAUACUUUGACAUGUACGAAGGAACAGCAAGGAAUAAACAACAGAUCGAAGCUACUUCAGGUGCUACACUUGGAGAAGCUACCAGACAAGAUAACAAAGCAAAAGUCUAUUACGGAUUAUUAAAAGAGCCAGAUAUUCAAUGUGUAGCGCCAGCAGAGGAAGAAGAAGAUGAAGGAAAUGCCGGCGGUGAAGGCGAUAAACCAAAAAAGAAGAAAGCAAAAAAAGAUCCUUUGUUUUCGAAAAAAACAAAGUCUGAUCCCAAUGCUCCGCCUGUUGGUCGUAUGUUUCUGCCGAAUUUAAAGGACGCAGAUAAAUUAGAAAAAGUAAAAGCUCUUCGCGAAGCAUCAAAGCGCGUAGCUCUAGGACCCGACUCGCUGCCUUCAAUAUGCUUCUACACUCUGCUGAACGCAGUCCAUACUGUAACUUCUGCUGAAAUAUCAGAGGAUUCCAGUUUAUUGGCCGUAGGUUUCAGCGACUCGACUCUCAGAGUGUGGAGCCUGGUACCUCAAAAGUUGAAGUCCAUGAAAUCCGCCGAAGCGCUCGCAGACAUUGAGCGGGAAGCUGAUGACGUUCUUGUUCGGAUGAUGGACGAACGAACCGCUGAGACUGUAAAACUUUUGCAUGGACACAGUGGGCCCAUUUACAGCCUGACCUUUAGUCCAGACCGCAAUUUGUUGCUUUCUUGCUCUGAUGACGCAACAAUACGAUUGUGGUCGUUACAUACCUGGACGUGUGUAGUGUGUUACAAAGGACACCUCUUUCCCGUAUGGUCGGUACGGUUUUCACCCCAUGGAUAUUAUUUUGCCACUGGGUCAAAUGACAAAACCGCUAGGUUGUGGGUUACUGAUUCUCAUCAACCAUUACGGAUUUUUGCUGGACAUUAUUCUGAUGUAGAUGUUGUCCAAUUUCAUCCAAAUUCAAAUUACGUCGCAAGUGGGUCCAGUGACAUGACUGUCAGAUUAUGGGACUGUGUAACGGGCGCCCAAGUCCGAUUAAUGACCGGUCAUAAGGCUCCGAUUUAUGCAUUAUCAUUUUCAACAGAAGGCCGUUUCUUGGCAUCGGCUGGUGCUGAUAGUCGUGUAUUAGUUUGGGAUUUAGCGCAUGGUCAUCUUGUUGGUGCUCUGUCUGGUCAUACAAGUACUAUUCAAUGCUUAUCGUUCAGUCGUGAUGGCACAAUAUUAACUUCUGCUUCAUUAGAUUGUACGAUUAGAUUGUGGGACUUUACAAAGCUAACUGAAGAAAUGGUCCUUGAUGAUGUCAACGUCGCUCACAAUCCUGAUGUUAAAUCAACCUCAGAUUCAUACUUACUAAGAACAUUCCCCACUAAAAAUUCGCCUGUUCUAGCUUUACACUUUACGAGGCGUAAUUUAUUACUUAGUGUUGGAACGUUCGAAGCACAGUAAAUUAUUAAUUGUCGUGACUAGUUAAUUUAUAAAUUAUAAAUUAAUUCCAAA